AAAAAUAAAGAAAUUAUUAACAAGUUAAACUUGUUAUAAGAGUCCAAUGGAUAUUAAAAGUCCAGGAUUUAAGUGGGAAUCUAAGAAACAAGAGAUAUUAAAUAAAGAGAUAUUAAAUAAAGAAAACCUAUCACCAAAUAGAAGUAAAGGAACAGUAUUAGGAGAAGGACCAUAUCUUAAACGUUCCAAGUCAUUUGAUGGAAGAGGAGAUGAGAAGUUUGUAAAGCCUUUAUUAGGUAAACGGGAGCCAAGAUCAACAACGUUAGAGAUGCCUAAUAAGGGUAUAUUGAAGACAUCAGUGUAUUCUUUAGGCAGUGCACAAGAUUCAAGUUAUAAAAGUGAUAUGGAUAAUCAUACUGUUAUAGGAAUAAUGCAAGUUGCAUUGAAAGAUAAUGAAAAAGAAACAGAGAAUGGGGAGAUGAAGAGGAAUCAGGGACGAAAGAGUCUUAAUCGUCGUGUUAGCUUUGCAAAUUAUGCGUCCGUAAGAUUAUUUGAAAAAGAACAGGAAUUUCAGUCACCUAAUCCUAGUUCACCAGUUAAGACUACUACAUCUUUGAAAGAAAAUUUUUUAUUGUCACCGAUUAAACGAAACCUUAAAACUAAAAAGUCAACAGUAUUAAAUGAUUCACCGAAGACGCCAUCACCUAUAAAAUGUAUUUCCCCUAUAAAACCUUCAAAAGCAUAUAUAAAUUCGCCUAUACCAAUUCCUCAAGGACAAGAGUUUUCAGAUGAUAUAGAUCAUGUUGAUAUUGAAUCAUCGGAAAAUGUAUUUUUCUCUGAUAUUGGAAAUAAUUAUGGAAAGGGAUUCCGUGAUUGUGAGGAUAAUGGUGUUUUUAAAGAUAUUGAUGGAGAAAUGACAAUGGAUUUGACAGAAGUUAUUUCUAAUCCAGUAUUUGAGGAAAAAAAUGCUCAAGAAGUAGCAAUGGAUGUGGUAGAUGUUGUUUCUGAUGUUGUAUCCGAAGAACAAGAUGUAGAAGUAACAAUGGAUAUAACUAAGGUACUCCCAUGCUCAAUAUUAAAAAAAAAUGUUACUGAGGAACCAUUGAUUCAUUUAACCAAUGUAUUUGAUAAUUCGGUUGAAAAAAAUAAUGAAGUAGCAAUGGACUUAACAGUGGCUUUGGGUGGGAUUCAAGAAGAUCAGAGUAAAUUACUUUUUGACUUUCAGUCGCAGUCUGAUAAAAAAUAUACUGAAAAGCUAGCUAUGGAAUUGAAUACAACUGAUCAUGGAUUUUUAAAAAUUGCCAAUCACACAGAUCCUGUAGAUAUGGAUACUACUAAAGUUGUUGGAGGUAUUCUUAGGAAUUUAAAUGAAAUAGAUCAAAAAGAUGGAUUAACAAUGGAUUUUACAACUACUAUUGGGAAUAUUUUAACCGUUAACGAAGAAAUUAAGAAGGAUUUAGAUUUUUCCUCCAAUAAUGUUUGUUCAGAGGAGAAAUCAGAUAUACAAAGAAAGAUGCAGUCUGAUACGUCUACUGAGUGCUUUUCUUUAGAUGAUUUUCAUAAGCCUGUAGAUGUUUAUGAAGAUGAUAAUACAGUUGGAAUGGAUCUUACUAAAAUUGUACCAUCCAUUUUGGAACACAAGGAUAAUUUAACAUUAAAAAAUGUGGAAAAAGAAUAUGUUUCGUUAGAACAUGAUAGUUUACCAAUGGGUAUCGAUAUAAAGAAGUCGCCUAAUACUGAGUUAAAAUCACCUCAAAGAAUUCCCCGUAAUGGUGUUUUGGCUAUGGAUGCCCUUUUUGGAAAAAAUACAUUAAAUAAUAUUCGUAACGUAAGUGAUACAGUUGCACCAAUUCAGCUAGGAUCUCCAAAAGCUGCAAAGCUUUUAAAAAGUCGAAAAAGUAUAGGUUGUUAUGAGGAAAUGAAAUUGGUAGGAUUAGGUAGUCCAACUACUAAAAUUAUUGUGGGUGACAAAUCAACACGAGAAAAUGGAACGUCUGGAUUAGAUAUUUUUACUGUAAACGGUUUCAAUAUUUUGGAUCGUAUUGCUCAAUUAACACCUAAAAAGAAUGUGCCGUUUCAAUUAACUCCUGAGAAGAGCGUUAUCUCAUCUCAAUUAUCUCUUCAAAAUACUUCAAAAGACGAUAUUCAUGAAAAUUCUGAAUCUAGGCUCAAAAGGAAUUAUGAAAAUACUUUAAAUGAUGCUGAUAUUAUUAGCCCUAUGAAAAAAACGUGUGAAGGCUCAAAUAUUAAAGAGUAUUCAGAUCAUUUAAUCGAGACACAUGAUGAAGAUAAUUUUUUACCUUCGAUCACUUUAACAGAAUUUUUGAAGAUGACAUCAAUAUCUUUUUUGGAUGGGCUUACUACUACAAAACGAAGAGAGACUACAUUUUUUCCUUAUUUAAAUACAAAUCCUCCAACUUUAAAAGAAUUGGUUUAUGCAUCAUCUCUUACGCUUCCUACUCUUGAGCUUUAUCAAUUUAGUUGUAAAGAGCUUCAAAAAUAUAUAUCAGAGGGGAAAGAGGUGGUUAACAAAAUUGAGGAAGAUACUUCUGAAGAGAAUCCUUUACUUUUUCGAGAAUAUAUCUAUGCUUCUCAUGAUAUUCGAGUUAUUAUGGAUGGUCAAUUUAAAUUACUUAAAAAUUAUUCAAGACUUUAUGCUAAAAGUGUAUGGUAUGAUUGGAGAGAUAAACUAUUGUUAGGUUUGAAAGAAGGGCUAGAGAAGAAUUUGGAAGGAUUAAAGAAGGAUGAAUUAAUAAUUAAUGAAUCUAAACCUAUUUUAAAUACGUAUUUUCCUUUUAUAAAACAGACGUAUAAAUCUUUGAAAGAAAAAGUAAAGCAUAUGAAAGCUAUUAAGGAGGAAAUUAGUCAGUGUGACCAAAAAGAAUUGAAAAAAGUUCGCUCUAAUUUAUUUAAAAUUAAUGAGGAAUUACAAGCUGAUAUGAAACAUUUUGAAAAACUUAAGAAAAACAUACAUGAAAUCGAUGAUAAAUUACAUGAGUUAUCUGAAAAACAAAUAAAAUUAAAUCAAGAGAUAGAAGAAUAUAAAAAAGUGAUAGAAGUUAACCGUUGUUUUGAAAAAGGUGAAAUUGAAAAUAUUAGAAAAAUGCUACAAGUUCUUAAAUUUGUCACUGGAUGGGAAGCAAAACAUUUCUUUCAUGAUACUGUAGUUUUUAUAUAUUUAGACACGAUUGAAACUACAUUUAAUUUUAUUAAAAACAAUGUAUCAAUAAAAUGGACUGGAGACAUAAAAGACAAGAUUAAAGAGUUUUUUUUUGAUUAUUUGGAAAAAAGAUUGGUAGGCUGUACAGUUAAAGAAGCAUUGUCUCUUAUAUGUAGCAUAUGGUAUACGGUAACUUUAAUAUGGUCAGAAUUUUGUUUACUUAAAGUUCGAUAUCCUUUACUGUAUAAUUUAACGAUUGAAAAUGGUGAACCAUUAUUGCUCGUUACAGCAAAAGUGUUUUUACCAUUAUCUUUUUCAAAAUUUCAUGUAACCUUUAAACUUCGCCACUCAAUUCUUUAUGAAUAUCCUAAUUUAAAUAAUUAUGAUUUAAUAGAUAUUCAUACUGUUUAUGGCAAUUCUAAUACUUCUAAAAUAUUGAAGGCUAUACUAGAAAAAAUUUCAGUUGGAGGUAUAAAAGCAUUAGGUUCUGUAUGUAGCGAUUUUUAAAUGAUUUAUAUAUAAUUAUGUAUAAUUUAAUUAAGCUUUUACUUUCUAAGAUAUU